ACCAAAUGAUAAAAAAAACACAGGAAUCUCCAAUAGUAGUAUAGGCUACUCUGUAUAUUUCUUAUGCGCUCCACUACAUUUAACGAAUCGACGAAGUGAACAAGUUUGUCCACUAGAUGCUGCCUUAGAAGAGUAUACAAAUUACGUCAGAUGAGCACGUGACCGCUGCGCUACAUAUAUUCUACCGCCAACGCUCCCGUUUCUACUUUGCGUUUCACCAAAAAGUGUUUUUCGGAGCUGGGGCUUACAUAUAUUACACCGAAUUAAACCAACACCACUCUGCUAGUGUGCUACUAGUGGGCUUACGUGCAGCUCAUGUCAAAUACAUGUUGUGAACGCUGCAGAGAAUGUUAUUGCCAAGGGUCUUGGGAUGAGUGAGCAUCGGAGGCGACAUGUACAUGGAGAAAUGAACAGCAUAUAAGCACAUUAUAUGACCAGCGGGACACCAUGGAGGAGAUACAGAAGGAGGUCGUCCGGCUGUGCAACGGCUACCCGGAGGGUCUUCCAAUACAGGAGAUCCAUGGCCUCUACCAGCGGACCUACGGGAAACCCCUGCGUCUCGGGACCCCUAAAAGGUUUGCCCCGCUGCAGACCCUGCUUAGGAGCGUGCCUGACCAUCUCUAUCUGUGCACCAACGGGGAGAUGGUAGUGUGGCCCAUCGCAUCUCGGCCAUCGGCCUCGCGGCCGGCACCUUCUUUCCCGUCGCCGCCGGCUGCCCUAGCAGCAGCAGCAGCAGCAGCACGCGGCCCUCGGCUGGCCUCCCCGCGGAACGGCAGCUCCGGCGUUAAAGCGACGACCAUCAUGGGCGAAACCCGGGAGGAAAUCGUGGCCAUGAUUAAAGGCUUCCCCGGCGGCGUCCCCGGAAGGAAGGUGGCCGAGCAGUACAACCGGACGUACCACAAGAACCUGACCGUGGCCUCCCUGGGCUUCAAGUCCAUGGCCCUGCUGCUGGCCUCCCUGGACAAGGAGCUGGUGGUGCAGGGGGAGCUGGUGUUCCACCGGAGCCACUGGCCACCAGGGGUCGCCGACACCGCGCUCGAGGCCGGGGACGGGGACCAGAGCACUGCCCAAGAGGCGGGCGAGAGGCCUUCAGUGUCGGCCCUGGGGGACGGCCAGCCGGCGAAGGCCCGGAAGAAGAGGCAUCGAUCGGGGAGGGGAGCAUCCCCGGCCCCCCCUGCUGGCCAGCCGCUGGAGGUGAGUUCCUCUUCUGGAGGCGUCCCAUCAUUCGGCGUUUACCAAGCGCCUCUUGGAAAACACAGCGUUCCCGCCGGAGCGGGCGAGACCGUAGAGACGCUGUCGCAAGAUCAGCUGUUGCAGAGGAUCACACAGGUUAUGAAGGAGGACAAAUUGGCUGGCGGGUCAAUGGCGCGGCUGGCCGAGAGCUAUUCCGAGCGGUUUGGGGAAGCUCUCCCACUGGAACAGUACAUGACUCUGUAUGACACCUGGGAUUCCAGACGCCCUGGGAGACCAUCCGGGGCGUCGGCGGAAGCCGCAGAGCCGCGCAGGCCGGUGCCCACACAGCACACUGAAGCUCCCACCACGUCUUCCAUUGCGACUACAAAGGACUUCCUGUCCUUUGGCUCCCUGCCGUCCAACAUCCUUCCCCUAAUGCCCGCCCACUCCCUGGCUUCUGGCCUCCUGCCUUCCGGCGCCCUGCCCUCAGAGGUUCCCUACCCACAGCCCUUCGGCUCCAGGCAUACCAGCUCCCUGUUCUCCAACUCCCUGUUCUCAGACUCCCUGUUCUCCAGCUCCGUGCCCGCCGCCACCACGCCCACCAGCUCCUUGUUCUCCGGCCCCAGGCCCACCAACUCCCUGUUCUCCACCUCCGUGCCCGCCGGCCCCAGGCCCACCAACUCCCUGUUCUCCACCUCCGUGCCCGCCGGCACCAUGCCCACCAACUCCCUGUUCUCCACCUCCAUGCCCGCCGGCACCACGCCCACCAACUCCCUGUUCUCCACCUCCGUGCCCGCCGGCACCAUGCCCACCAGCUCCCUGUUCUCCACCUCCGUGCCCGCCGGCACCAUGCCCACCAGCUCCCUGUUCUCCACCUCCGUGCCCGCCGGCACCAUGCCCACCAGCUCCCUGUUCUCCAGCUCCGUGCCCGCCGGCACCACGCCCACCAACUCCCUGUUCUCCGGCCCCAGGCCCGCCGGCCCCAUGCCCGCUGCCUCACUGCCCUCCAAGGUGGCCCUCCCGGUGGCCAUCGGCUCCCUGCCCAUCAAACCCCCGCCCGCCGGCCCGUCCGACGAAGACUUCCCGGCCCUGGGCACGGCGGUGGCCAGGGAGCCCCGGCGGGCCACCCCGGCCCUGGGCGCGGCGGUGGCCAGGGAGCCCCGGCGGGCCACCCCGACCCGGCCGCCGCUGGAGGAGACCCGGAAGAACUCCCCCGUCUUCAGGGACGACUACCACGGGCAGCUGCGGCACGUCCACGCGGCCAACCGGCGCGCGGUGGAGGUCCUGGAGGCGGACAACGAGGACGCCAAAGGCCGGAAGAGGAACCGCGUGCUGGACCCGGAGACGGUCAACAGCCUGGUGGAGGGCGUCAUACGCGACCUGGCCGAUGAGGGCGAGUUCGUCACGCAGGAGAAGGUGGUGUCCAAGGUGUGCAUGCUGAUGCAGGUCCCGUCCCUCCGGUCAGUGGGCAUCAUUCAAGCCUGGCACAUACCGGCAGUGAAGGAGCUUCAGUACACCAUCCGGGAGAUCAACAUGUUCCUUGAGUCCACCGAGGCGGCGACGGCCAUUUGCACCCUUUAUGAGCUGGGCCUGUCCCUGGCCAGCCUGAAGGAGAAGAAGCGCUACGAGGAGCUGAACCUGGGCCCGCUCUGCAAGCUGCCUAUCGUCCACCGCAUGUUCAAGAUAGACAGCAGCACCAAGGAUGACGACAUCCCUCAGAUAGAGACCGUGGACAUCCUGAAGAGCCUGAAACAUUUCAGGCACACCGAGCACAAGCAGAAGGUGGACCUCGCUGAGUUCAUGAAGCAUCUGGCGGACCAGCACAGCUGUGAGUCUCCCUACGAGCUGGGCAUCCGGAUCCAAAGCCUGGGCCUACCUAUAGCGACCCUGAACAAGGUGACCCGCCUUGAGCAUCAGCAUCUCGAGCGGGCCCAGCAUCUGAUCCAGAGGGAGCUGGAGGAUGAGGUGACGGACAAAAUGAGGAAGAUGAAGAGGAACGUGAUGGAUCCCUUCUCCGCCGCCUCCUUCGGCGCCGGAAGUCUGGAGCUCCGCAAGAAGUACAUCUCCAUGGCGGCGGUGGAGGUCGUGCUGGAGGUCUUCACCAACGCGGCAGACAUCUUUAGCUCCAAGCUGAACAAGCGCGUCCAGGACUUCCUGCUGCAGGUGUCGGGCGAUCGGCUGUGCUCGGCCAUGUUCCAGCUGGCCAUCUGCGGGGGGUCCCUAGCCGUUCCUCAGGACCUUGUGGCCAAAGACCAGCCGGCGAAGGCUGCAGGGAAACCUGCUACACACGAGCCUGCGGUCGCCCUGCCCAGUGAAGAUGCUGUGAAGCAGUUCCUUAGGACCAGUCUGUCCAAUCAGAGUACAGCUCUCUCUCUGAGCUCCAUGGCUUCUCUGGAGAAGAAGCUGAGCUCAAACUUUAAGCUCCCGGAGUUUGGGUCUCUGCAGAGAGGAACCUUCCUGGAAUUCCUGGUUAAAAACGUCCAGCUGCUGCAGGAGACUGUAGGAGGCGCUGUGGCCCUGGGUGGUGGUGGCGGCGCAGAGCUCCAGGGCUGUGGCUUCCGGCCCAGCCGCCAGGAUGUGUUUGAGUUCAUCAAACAGUGUGGAGCGUUCACCUCCUCCGAGCCUGACGCGCUGGUGCACAUUGAGCGGGCUCUAAGGGCCCAUUACAGGGUGCGUGACAGCCGGGACCUGGGCUUCGGGCCCCUGAAGAUGCUGGCUGACCUGGUGAAGCGCCAGAGAGACCUUCUGGGGGGCGGGGCCUGCGUCCAGGUCCACUAUGAGACGGCCCUGUUCGCCAAGCACAGCAGCACCACCGACGUGGGUGGAGCGUCUGUGGGUCUCCUGGGGGAGGUCUCCCAGGACCAGGCCCUGGCCUGCCUGCUGUCCUGCCCCCUGCUGGAGGAUCUGGAGCAGUGGAGCCAGUGGGAGGUGGUCUUCAGGCCUGUCCACGGCCCGCUGAAGGACUUCAUCGAGAGGAACGCAGCCGUGCCGGCCAACUCUGAUUUGGCGGCCCUGGAGGUGAGCCCGGGGGUCCUACUCCGCAUCACCACGGCGACGGGCGACAAGCUCUUCUCGCAGGCGGCGACGAACCUCGACCCCGUGGGCACCGCCGGCCACCUGGUGUCCAUGGCGGUGGCGGACGGCGUGGUCAACGUGUCCACGGCGCUCCUGGCCAAUCACAUGGAGAGCGCCCUGGCGGCGGGCGUGGCCAAUGCAGAUAUGUCUCAGGGGGACGAUGACGUGUCCAGCUACGGAUCUGUGCCCCGCUUCCUCCUUGAGAGCAUCACUCGGAUCCCCCCCAUGACCUGCCAGGCCCUGCUGCAGCAGGUGUUCCUGGAGCCUCUGUACCGGGUCUUGGGCCAGGCCAGCUCUAAAGCCCUCCUGCUGGCUGUGGCUCGCUCGGACCCCCGGCACCUCAACCGCCUGCACCAGCUUGCCAUCCGCCUGGGGGUCACAGAGUGGAUCAAGGACUACCAGAAGAAGAUGGACCCUCCCAAGCCGCGGGACACGCUCACGGCUACAAAGCCUGACUUGAUGGACUCCUUCGGCGGCAGCCUGUCCGCCCUCAACCUGAACGGCGAUGACGACUACCUGGACGAUCCCGCCAAGGAAGACAGCUCUGAGACAUCGUCGCUCAACCGCCAACGGCUCCCAGCCGAGAGUGAGAGAGAGGAGGACGACGUGGAGGAGGAAGAGGAGCCGCGGUACGAGCUCGUCAACAAAGAGACCCACAGCGACUAUCUGACGGCCAGCGAAUGCGACGGAGGCCGUGAGAUGGGCGAGGCAGAACUCUCUGAAACUGACGGCGUGAAGGUGGAGAAGGAAGAGGAGGAGGGGGAGGACGCUGCUGACACUGAGGGCGAAGAGAACUUUGAGAGAGCCCUGAUCGAGGACAUAAGGAAGAGUCAGUUUGGCGUGGGUGUGGAGCUGACCGCUGAAUGCAAGAAGCUGAUGGCGGUGCAGCAGGAGCGCCUGGGCCGCAGCCUGGACCGCCUGUCCACAGAGCUCUACAGCAAAGACGCACACUUUGUCCUGGAGCUCAUUCAGAACGCGGACGACAACACCUAUCCGCUGGAGGGGGGGGUGGUGCCGGCGCUGGUCCUGGUGGUGGAGAAGAACUGCAUCACCGUCCUGAACAACGAGAGGGGCUUUCAGGACCAGAACAUCAGGGCCAUCUGUGACGUGGGCCGCAGCACCAAGGGCAAACACAAAUACGGAUACAUAGGGCAAAAGGGCAUCGGCUUCAAGUCUGUGUUCAAGGUGACGGACCGCCCUGAGAUCCACUCCAACGGGUUCCACCUGCGCUUCGACAAGAAGAGCGGCCCCAUGGGGUACAUCCUCCCCCACUGGGUGGAGGAGGAGAGACCCCUGGACCUCCAGCAGAUCCCCAGCAUUGGCGAACACAGCUGGACCACAAAGAUCUGCCUCCCGCUACGGUCGGAGAACCAGCAGACGAGGAACCUGUUCCACGACGUCCACCCCUCACUGCUGCUGUUCCUCCAUCGUCUGCGCUCCAUCACCAUAUACAACCAGUGUGAGCGUCGGGUGGUGGCGAUGACCCGACGUGACCGGAGCCACAACGUUCUGGAGGUGGAGCACACGGAGGGUACGGAGCGUUGGCUGGUCAUCAAGCGCACGCUGGAACCGAAGAAGAUCAAGGAGGAGGUGGAGUCCACGGAGCUGGCCCUGGCGUUCCUGUUGGGGGACAGCUCUCUGCCCGGUGACAUCAUCACCCAGCCCCAGAAGCAGCCCGUGUUCGCCUUCCUGCCGCUGCGCAGCUUCGGCUUCCGCUUCAUCGUCCAAGGCGACUUCGACAUCCCCUCGUCCCGUGAGGACGUGGACAGAGACAGCCCCUGGAACCAGUGGCUGCGCUCCGAGAUCCCCCAGCUCUUCGUCCAGGCCCUGAACGUCUUCAACGACCACCCAGAGUUCAGCGGGAUGAAGGGCUUGGUCCACUUCCUGCAGUUCGUCCCCCUGCCAGACGAGGUGCUGGACUUCUUCAAGCCGGUGGCCAGGCAGAUUAUACAGCUGCUGAAGGGCCAGGCCUUCCUGCCCACACUCAACUCAGAACGGGAGGUGGAGUACAAACUGCCCUCCCAGGUAGCUGUCUGCCAGGACUCGGUGAUCCGCAACGUGAUUGGCCGCGAGGAGCUGGACAGGCACCUGUCCCUGGCCUACCUCCACCCCAGCCUGCAGCCCCUGCCCCCCCUCUCCCUGCUCACGCACCUGGGGGUGCGACACCUGCGGGGCUCCGACGUUACCACGGUGACCACCGCCAUGGCCCGGGAGCUCACGGCAGGGGGCGAGCUGCACACAGAUGAGGGACUGCGCCGGCUCUCCAGGCUUCUGGUCUGUAACUUCCGGGCGCUGGAGUACGGCUAUGGCGAGGAGGAGCAGAUCCUGCAUGCGCUGCGGGAGCUACCCAUAAUCCCCCUGGCCGACGGGCGGGUGGUGGCGCUCAGCAGCGUGGGGGUCUUCUUCCCCAUGGAGAAGGCCGAGAAGAAGAAGGGCAAGCAGAAGCCAGCAGGGCCCUUUGCGGCGCUGUACGAGGACGUGAGCGUGGUGCACCCCUCCCUGCUGGCCUGCGAGGCUCCCCUGGAGGCCCAGCAGGUGCGGGAGCUGCUGAAGAGGAUGGGCGUCCACGAGCUGGAGCCCCAGCAGCUGCUGGAGAAGCACAUCUACCCGGCGCUGCGCGACCACUCCUGGAAGGCCAAGCCAGAGGCGGUGGUGGUGAGCUACCUGGUGUUCAUCAAGCAGCACAGCUCCGCCUCCAGCUGGCCCCUCCUGGACACCGCAGUACCCGUCCGGACCAGCAGGGGGCUGCUCUGCCCCCAGCUCCACCGGGUGCACUUCUCCUCCGCGUACAACAACGUGGACCUCACCAAGAUACUGCCUGGCUGUGAUUGGCUGCUGCUGAGCCCCUGCUACGUGCAGACCGACGGAGACGUCGAGGGGUGGAGGGAAUUCUUCUCCGCCCUGGGGGUCCGGGACAACCUCAUCAUCCGCAAGGAGAGACGCACCCUCUCCCCCUCCGAACUGGCCGCCAGCCCCUGGGCUGUGGGGAGCGACUCCUGGCCCCAGGACACAGCUGAGGGGGGCUACGUCAUGGACGACUACCCCUGCCAGGAGUUCCACUCCCUGGCCACGGCUGAGCUGCCCGACAGGCAGCUGGUGGAGCAGAGGCGAGCGCUGCUGGAGAUGCUGGAGGACAACUGGGAGAAGGGCGACCGCUACUCCCAGUACAUCACCGCGCAGGUCGUCGACGCCGACGGCCAGCCCGCCAAAACCACCAAGUCCUCCUUCUUCCACUUCCUGUCCCGGCUGCCCUGGGUCGCGGCCUACCGGCUGCUGGAGGGCGGGGAGCGGCAGGUCCAGUACCUCGUCCCCGACGCCGUGUACCUGGUGUCCCCCGAGGUGCACGGCCUGCUGGGCGUGCACGUCUGCUACGUGGAAAAGACCCCCAGCGAGCUGAGUCGCAAGCUGGGGAUGAAGCACAGCGUCUCGGUGGAGGAGAUGAUCUCCUACCUCAAGACCUGGAGCUCCCGGCCGGAGGAGACGGAGGCGGAGGGCCGGCCGGGGCCAAAGUUUACCAGCACGGUGCAGCACGUCUUCAACGUGUACUCCUACCUGCAGAAGAACUGCUCCCAGGGGGCCCUGAAGGAGCUGUUCGAGCACUCGCCCGCCGUCUACGUGGAGCACGACAGGCGUGAGGACGGCUGGACCUCGGGGGUCUUCUACCACCUGAAGGAGGUGUGCUGGAGCGACCCCACCCAAAUGUUCAGGCGCUACAAACAGCUGGUGCGCGCCCCCGACAGCCCCCUGCCGGAGCCCCGGCUGCUGGCCCCCUUCUACUCCCCCCUUGAUGGCAUGCGGGAGCUCUUCACCAGGCAGCUGAACGUGGAGCCCAGUCCCACCAUGUUCCAGUACGUGGGUCUUCUGGAGCUGGUGUGUGCCUCCUGCCCCAUGCCCACGGCGGAGGUUCUGCAGGACGUGUCGGUCAUCUACGCCCGCCUAGCUCAGAAGUGUAAGACCACUACGUCACCAGAGCAGGACUACAUGGAUCAACCCAGGACCAUUAGCAGCUACUGCUCCACCCUCAAGGGGAUGGUGUUGGACAAGAAGGUGUUCCCCACCAAGGCCAAGAACUGGGUGACCCUGGCCCGCCGGCCCAUGGUGGCGGACCACCGGGAGCUGGAGAAGAUCUUCAAACCCCAUCCCGGGGUGUGUCUGCUCAACCUGCCCCCUCCCGACAAGAAGCACGGGGCACUACCCAGGGGCAAGCCCGGAGACCACCGCGGUCCGGCCUUCCAGGAGGAGGACCGCGCCCUCUUCCUGGAGAUCUGCGGCGUGCGGCUGCUGUCGGACUGCGUGCGCUCGGAGCCGCAGACGGAGAACCUGCGGGCGUGCCCGGCGGUGCAGGCGCUGGUGCGCGCCGUGGUGCCCUACGUGCAGCGCUUCCUGUGCGCCCACGAGGAGCUGGCGGCCGUCUACCGCGAGCUGCAGGACGCCGGUGUGGCCCAGACGCUCCGGAACCUCCAGUACAGACAGGUGGGGAAGCUGUACAUCCGCUACCAGCUGUCGGUGGGGGGCGGUGGGGACCCCCCGGACCCCGACCAGGAGCAGCCGCUGCUGGAGAUGCAGGACGUGGUGUGUCUGCUGAGGGACGACAAGGAGCUGUACAUCCAGAAGGACCAUCUGACCGCACACAUGGACAUCUGCAGGGAGCUGGUGAAGCUGUUCUGCGUGGAGACGGCCCACAGGAAGGAGCUCAUCGACUUCCUCAGUGGCUUGAUGACCUCACUGGACGACCCGGCGUCUCUGAAGCGCUUCCUGAAGAGGGAGGACGUGCAGGAGCUGCCCAAGGACGAGGUGCCCUGGGAGGUGCCCGAGCCCCCCCGCCCUGAGCUCCCCCCAGCAGCACCCAGGCCGUUGGCGCCCCCGGAGGAGGCUCCCCGACGGGAGGAGGACGGAGAGCAGACUCUGGCCUGCUGGCCCCCGAAGGCCAGCAUGGGCACCGUGGCCACGUCCGGUCGCACAGGCGCCCGCAACGACAGCGACGCGGUGGACGCCGUCAUGAAGAUGUGGCCCCCCCCGGCGCCCCCGAAGGACCAGGACCUCGACAGGGGCGACCGCGGCCCCGCCUCCUCCGGCACGGGGGUGCCACAGGGCCCACCGGGGCCCCCGCACAGCGGCGACCCAGGGGCGGCGGCGGCGGCGGGCCAGCCAAGGCCCGCCUCGGACCAACCCAGGCCCGGCUCGGACCUGCCCAGGCUCGCCCACGCCGGCUCCCCCGGCGCUGGCCACGCUGGCAGCAGCCAGCCGUCCCCAGGGUCAGAGGGCGGCCAGCGCGAGGGUCACCCCCCGGGGCCCGGCGCCGGGUUUAGCGGCGGGGAGAGGCCCGUCCACAGCGGCCCCCCUCCGGACCGGCCCAAGACGGACUCAGACCAGCGUCCAGCAGCCAUCCAGCCUGUCCCCGAGCUGGUGGUGGCGGGCAGCACCUUCCAGGGCACGGAGGGCGUGUCCCAGCGCCCCCCCCUGGCCAUGGACUUCCCCCAGUGGAACAAGAGCGCCCUGCUGGAGCUGGAGGACAUGGAGCUGGCCUGCACGCGACCCACCACCGUGGUGCUGACGGACGUCCCGGGGGACCUGGCGGCCAUCGGGGCGUGGGGGGAGCAGCUGGUCCACUCCUUCCUGUGCCACUGGCGGGACGGCGACGCGGCCGACCGGCCCUCGGAGGUCACCUGGUGCAACCAGCAGGCGGAGAGCGGCCAGCCCUACGACUUCAAGCUGACCUUCCCCGCGGCGGCGGCGGCGGCGGCGGCGGGCCCACAGCCCGGGGCUGAGGGGGAGGUCGUGUACGUGGAGGUGAAGUCGACGGUGAAGCGGGACAAGGCCUUCAUCCACCUGUCGGCCAACGAGCUGGACUUCGCCCUGACGGAGCGCGAGCGCUACCACAUCCUGCGGGUGUACAGCGUGGGCGACGCCCAGAACGUGCGCCUGUGUCGCGUCCGGAACCUGGCGCAGAAGCUGCACGCCAAGGACCUGGAGCUCUUCCUGUUCAUCUGACGCAGCGCUGUGAUUGGCCCAAACACACAACACAACCCAGCCGAGCCCUCCCAACCCCCCCCUCCCUCUCCCACACCUGUAUCCUUGGUAGUUUGCACUCUGUAUUUUUAUUUUUAUUAGUCUGUGGACCAGGUGGUGGUUAGAAGCUGUGGUGACCUUUAACCCCCGAGAUGAGGACCUGCUGGAGGCCUCUGUGUCGUGCUGGGCACUAUUUACUGUUUCUACUCAGGCACUGAAAACGGAAGGGAUCUUGACUGCCUCUGCACAGGCUGUUUGCGUUGUUCUGGAUUUGUGUACUUUGUUCCGAUUUUUUACUAAAUUAAUUAGUGUUUUUUAAUCGCUGCUUUUAUCUGUGUAUCCACUGUCAUUUGUCAGCAGCGUUUGCACUUUUCCUUUUAAAAAUGUUGAAUUUUACAAAGGUUGUCCAAUCUUUUCUCAACAGACCGUAUAGCGUAGACUGCCCAGAACUUUUGUGGUAUUUGUGAAGGCUUUUCCUCCAGUUUCAGCAUCUAAACCAUUCCCCGUUCAGGCACACGUUCACAAGGUUUUUAAUAUUGAUGCUUCUGUUUACCUGUGGCAUUUUAAUCUAAAUAAAAAUGUUUCUGACUUGAGUUCAUUGUUUUUGCUUUUGAUAUUCAUCUGUGCGUUUUAGUAAUAAGCAAGGAGACCUAAAUAAUCAUUGGAUACAUGACGUUAUAAGAGGGCCUAAACAUUUCAUCACAGCACCCAACGUGGACAAAUUAAAACCAUGCAUUAAAUAUUCAAAGUGGUGUUAAAGUAAAUGGAGCAUAAUAAACUCAAUAGAUAUUCUGUAUUUCCUUCUCUUAACCUUGGGAAGAUAAAUAGAAGCUUCUGAUAUUACAUUUAAAUGCAAUUCCCUCUAUUAAUUAUCAAGUUGACAUAGGCUCUUUUCAAGAACAUUCUUCUCACCAUUGCGCAACCAUGUCAUGUCACGCAUUAAUAAAAGGAACAAAAAACAGGCGGAAAAGUGUUAUCUAAAAGUUAUCAUCAAAUGUAAUCCAGUUAAUAAACAAUAAAAAAGGUGUUCCGUUACUUUUUCAGAAAAGUAAUCAGUUACUUUUCCAAUAAAGCAAUCUGUUACUUUUCUGAAAAUAAUUCAAUAAAUGUAUUCCGU